UUGAGCUUUGUAGGAGAAAGUGGAUCACUGAUUAUGUUAGACUUUUGGUAUUUGGAAAAAAGCGGAAAGCAGCAGCAAUGUGUUCAAAGUCUUAUGAAUAAAAGUUCAUCUAUAUUGUGAUAAGCUAAAUAGUUUGUUUCCACAAGUGCGUAGCAUGGCUAAUGAUAUGUUGGAUGCAUGAGCCACCCAAAGUAUGGAUUUGGGAGUCUACUAGGGGGCAUCUAAGACUGGUGAUUAAUGAAGUUCCUCUCCCGGAAUGUGCAUGGUUUGGAGCAUAAAGAUAGGAUGCUAAUCCUUAUGGCUGUUGGUCAGGGAAAGGAAAAUUGAUGUGAUGAUGAUUUAGGAAAUGUCAUGGGUAAAAGAUCUGAUGAUAUGUUAAAAUUUCCAACAUUUGUGGUAGGAAAGUGACAUUUUUUUAUUUUUUUGUAAUACUUGUAUGCUUUGAUGAAGUACCCAACCAAAUCUCUAUCUUUUCUGUUGAUGCAAAUCAGCGUGGAAUUGGUCUGGCUGGCUUGUCUGCUGAGGAUCUAAUUGUCUGGCUGUCUUGGAAAAUGAUAGGAUCUAAUUGAUGCAAAUCUUUUCUGUUAUGAUCAUAUUGGAAAAUGAUCCUGCAAAUAUUUGGAAGGAUCCAAUAUGCAAAUCUUUUCUGUUAUGAUCAUAUCCAAGGGAGCUGCUCGCAUGUCUGGCUGUUUGCUUGUUUAUUUUUGCCAAUUGUCUUUAUUUGAUGGAAGUGGUGUUCAUGUAUGUAGGGCAGUUGUGCUACACCAAAAAUCAGGCCUUUCGAACUCUCAAGUGGGCUCCACCUGUUAGAUGGCCUACAAGUUGUCACUGCUCCUCAUCAAACGACUUCCGCCAAAGAGAUUUGAAGGGGAAUCAGCUGACCGGGUCAAUCCCUGAUGAGAUCAGCAACUGCAUCUUGCUGAAAUCUCUGUAUUUGUCCAGUAACUUGCUAUAUGGAGAUAUUCCGUUCUCGACAUCUAGGCUCAAACAGUUUGAGGAAUUGACAUUAAAGAACUAUCAGUUAACAGGGCCUAUCCCUUCAACCCUUUCACAGAUGCCAAAUCUCAAAACUCUGGAUCUUGCUCAGAAUCAGCUCACUGGUGACAUUCCGAUGCUGAUUUACUGGAAUGAAGUAUUGCAGUAUCUUGGGUUGCGGGGGAAUUUGCUGACGGGAACAUUGUCUCCUGAUAUGUGCCUAUGGUACUUUGAUGUGAGGGGCAAUAACCUCUCAGGAUCCAUACCGGAUAACAUUGGGAAUUGUACGAGACUAAUGACAUGGACUCUGCUGAGCAUGACCACUGAUGGGAAUAUCAGAUUUUUAGACCCCUCCCAAGACAGUAGAACAACAGGCCAAUGAACCCACCUACAC